UCCCCUGCCUGGCGCCGCAGCUGCGAGAGCGGAGCGGGCACGGCGCUGGAAGCGCUGUGCCGUGAGGGGCCGCGCGAUGUGGCUGAAGCCCGAGGAGGUGCUGCUGAAAAAUGCCCUCAAGCUGUGGGUGCAGGAGCGCUCCAACCAGUACUUCGUGCUGCAGAGGCGGCGGGGCUAUGGCGAGGAGGGCGGAGGCGGGCUGGCAGGUCUCCUUGUGGGAACAUUGGACGCAGUGCUGGACUCCACGUCGAAGGUGGCCCCGUUCCGCAUCCUGCACCAGACGCCCGACUCGCAGGUGUACUGGUCCAUCGCCUGCGGAUCCAGCAGAGAAGAAAUAACAGAACAUUGGGAGUGGCUAGAACACAAUGUUAUGAAGACUUUAUCAGUGUUUGAUUCAAAUGAAGACAUUACAAGCUUUGUCCAGGGAAAGAUAAGAGGUUUGAUUGCUGAAGAGGGAAAAUAUUCUUUUGUAAGAGAAGAUGAUCCUGAGAAGUUUCGUGAAGGUCUUAUGAAGUUUGAGAAGUGCUUUGGAUUACCAGAGCAGGAGAAGUUGAUUACCUACUACUCAUGCAGUUACUGGAAGGGCAGAGUGCCCUGUCAAGGAUGGCUCUAUCUCAGUACCAACUUCCUUAGUUUCUACUCCUUUUUGCUUGGAGCAGAAAUAAAACUUAUUAUCUCCUGGGAUGAAAUAUCAAAACUUGAGAAAACUUCCAAUGUGAUUCUGACAGAAAGCAUUCAUGUGUGCUCCCAUGGGGAAGAUCAUUAUUUUUCCAUGUUUUUGCACAUUAGUGAAACAUUCCUGCUCAUGGAGCAGCUGGCAAACUAUGCAGUUAGAAGACUUUUUGACAAGGAGACAUUUGAGAAUGAUCCCGUCCUUCAUGACCCUCUGCAGAUUACCAAGAGAGGCUUGGAGAGCUAUGCCCACAGUAAGCAUUUUAGUGCAUUCUUCAGGCUACCUAAAGAAGAGUCCUUGAAGGAAGUUCAUGAGUGCUUCUUAUGGAUUCCUUUCAGUCAUUAUAACACCCAUGGGAAAAUGUGCAUUUCAGAAAACUACAUCUGCUUUGCUAGCCAGGAUGGCAGCCUGUGCAGUGUAAUCAUUCCAUUGAGAGAGGUUACAGGGGUGGAUAAAGGAGAUCCAGCCAACAGAGGAGUCAGCAUUAGUACCAAAGGGAAAACAGCUUUUCGUUUCACAGAGGUGAGAGAUUUUGGACUGCUUGUGGCAAAGCUCAGGAUGAAAUGCAAUGCAACUGCAAGUCCACAACACAUCAUAAGUACUGAGGUUGCAGCUGGUUCUGCCACUGACAGUCCAAAGGAUUUUGGUGCAGGACAGUCAAAGAUGGGCCAGAGAGAUAACAGCAAAACUGUCAGUACAGAAGCGCUUAUGACUGUCUACCAUCCUCAGGAUGCUGAGAACCUUGACUCUAAAAUGUUGAAAGAAAAAAUGAAGGAACAGUCAUGGAACAUCCUGUUUGCAGAACGGGGCCAUGGGGUCAGUAUGUUUCGAACAAAGAAGACGCGAGACCUGGUUGUAAGAGGCAUCCCAGAGUCUCUAAGAGGAGAACUCUGGCUACUCUUCUCAGGUGCUGUAAAUGAUAUGGCAUCCAACCCUGGUUAUUACACUGAGCUGGUGGAACAGUCCUUAGGAACGUGCACUUUGGCUACUGAUGAAAUUGAACGAGAUUUACGUCGCUCCUUGCCUGAGCAUCCUGCUUUUCAAAGUGACACAGGAAUUUCUGCCCUCAGGAGAGUUCUUACAGCUUAUGCAUUCAGGAAUCCACAAAUUGGAUAUUGUCAGGCAAUGAAUAUUCUGACAUCAGUGCUUCUGCUGUAUGCUAAAGAGGAGGAAGCAUUCUGGCUUUUGGUUGCUGUGUGUGAAAGGAUGCUCCCUGAUUAUUUCAAUCGCCGAAUCAUUGGUGCCUUGGUAGAUCAGGCAGUGUUUGAGGAGCUCAUCAGGGUUCACCUGCCUCAGUUGACAGACCACAUGACGGACAUGACUUUUUUCUCCUCGGUCUCUCUCUCCUGGUUCCUUACCCUUUUUAUCAGUGUGCUGCCAAUUGAAUGUGCAGUCAAUGUGGUGGACUGUUUCUUCUAUGAUGGAAUAAAGGCAAUCUUGCAGCUGGGCCUUGCAGUGCUGGAAUACAACAUGGAGAAGUUACUCACUUGUAAGGAUGAUGCAGAAGCAGUCACUGUUCUCAACAGAUUUUUUGACAGUGUCACUAACAAAGACAGUCCUUUACCUCCAGCUGUGCAGCAGGGCUCCAACCUCAGUGACACAAAGAGUGACCAUCCAAAAGUGGACAUCACUGAUCUGAUCCGAGAGUCAAAUGAAAGAUACGGUGAUAUUCGCUAUGAGGACGUGGAGAGCUUGCGCUGCAGGAACAGGCUUUAUGUGAUCCAGACCCUGGAAGCUACGACCAAGCAAAAUGUGCUACGUGUUGUGUCUCAAGAAGUAAAAUUCAGUCCUAGUGAUCUUGAAGAGCUUUAUGAAUUAUUCAAGAAGGAGCAUUUUCUUUCCUGUUACUGGAGUGUAAAUAGUCCUGUGCUGCAGCACCAUGAUGCCAGCCUGCCCUACCUUGAGCAGUACCGGAUUGAUUGCCAGCAGUUCAGGGUUCUCUGCCACCUCCUGAGCCCCUGGUCACACUGUGCCAACAGAGACUCUCUGGCUCUCUGGACAUUCCGACUGAUGGAUGAGAGUUCCAACUGCCUUAUAAACUUCAAACAAUUUGCCUGUGUUCUUGAUACGAUGUAUAAUGGAAGCUUCACUGACAAACUCAAGUUUCUUUUUAAGUUGCACAUCCCUCCAGCUUUUACUGAAGUAGAAUCUCUAAGCCCUUCCAAAGGGGAUGAUCUUUCAAAAGAAGAACUGAUGCACUUCAGCCAGCUCAAUGUUUCAUCUGUUGGGGAUAAUCUUGAAAGUGGUUCUCUGAAGAGCAGCCCAGAAAAAGGGAAGGGGAAGGUUGACAUUCAGGCAUAUCUGAAGCAAUGGCAAGAUGAACUUCUUAAAAAAGAAGAAAAUGUAAAGGAUUUGCCAAGAAUGAAUCAGUCUCAGUUCAUCCAGUUCUCAAAAACUCUCUACAAUCUGUUCCAUGGGGAUCCUGAGGAGGAGCUCUUGUAUCGGGCUAUUGCCGUGGUGACCAGCCUCCUGCUGAAAAUGGAAGAAGUUGGCAGAAGGCUGCAGAGUCCCAUGUCACCUGUCAGAAGUCCAGCUGCUGUUACAGAAGUGGCUGCUGAAGUGCCCAGAGAGAUGCAGGAGGAAAGCAGCUCUGCGCAGACUGAAGGCAGUAGAGCACAGGGUUUGGAAGGGAACCAUGAAUGGUCUUUUGCCUUUGAACAGAUUCUGGCAUCCUUAUUAAAUGAGCCAGCCUUUGUGAGAUUUUUUGAAAAACCUCAUGACAUAAAAGCUAAAAUAGAGAGUGCUAAAAAUUUACAACUUAAAGCAAGAACUAGAGUGUAAUUUUCUUUACAUUUGACUCUGAAUUAAUCACAUAAAGUGCUUACAAAUGAAGGCUGUAACUAUGGAAAUCAAGUCUGGUGUUGACAUAGGAAAUUAAGUUUGAAGAAUUAGCUUCAAGUAUCAGAUUACUGGUAUCUAAUGUAAAUAAAAAUAGUUUGAAGCACAGUCACUUUCUUGCAUUGUUCAUAAGUUUCACUCCAAAAUAGGGACUGACGGAUGAACUGCCUUUACCAUGUUAUUAAAACAUGCAGCAUUGCUUGGAGAUACUGGAUGUGUACCUGUUGCAAACCUGUCUGAAUCACUGUUACAGUAGGUGUUCUCCAGGUUCUUUUUUAUUACUCUAAUAAAAGGAAUUACUUUUACCCAUUUUCACUUAAAAGGAGUGUCAACAGCUUGGAGGUUGUCUUCCACAUUAAUAAGUUAUUUCCAAAUUGCUUGUGGACUGGGGCCAAAGCAGGGUGAAGACUAAGAACAGAGGCUGUGAUAACAUGACAGGACCAUGAUAUUAGAAAAGGAAGUGGCUCUGCUCACAAUUCCUCUGUUUUGAUGUUACCCAUGGGUCUGGACUCUAGUGGAUUCCAGCUCCUCUUUCCCAUUUUCAUACCAAUCUUCCUACAAUGAAAAGGUGAAAAGGAUGGAAGCUUAUUUGGUCAUCCAGGCUGCACAAGGAUGCAGAAACUAAUACUGAUUGUUUAAAAUCAAGGGAAAGCAGUGGCUAAAUCUGACCACAUGGUGGUUGUAGUUUAUCUGGCAAGAGGAACCAUUAUUGGCUUCUUGGGAGCAUGUUGAUGAAAUGUGGAGUUUUGCUGGUGUUUGGAAAGCCCAAACACAGGCUGUAUGUAGCUGAGUGUUGACUAUUGAGCUGCUUAGGGAGAGAUUGCAGUUGCUUCUUUGCCUACCCUGAGUCCAUAUCUCAACCCAGUAAUUACUAUUGCUUUUCUAUAGCACUCUGGAUUGUUGCUGCUGUAAUGUUUUCCCUCUGUCAGGAUUCAAGGCAACGAGAAAAUCCCCUUGAAUCUGAAUUGAAUUUUUUAAUAUAUAAAAUAUGAUGUAGUAGACAUCCUGUGGAGGAAAGCUCUGCCAGUGUAAAAGCUGAGAAAUUUUGCCCUUGAAUCUUUGGUGGCUGAUGCUGGAAGGAAUUUAGAGAAGGAGGGUAAGAGCUUAUAUUUUAACAACAGCAAAGUAAGUGGGAGUCUUGCUAAACUAGUUGAAAACAUCUGUUUCCAAAGCCUGUAUGACAAUCUUUCUCUGCAGAGCAGCGUUAUUUUUAUACUGUGCAUGUUUUUUAAAGAAGCAGAAUGGGGAUGAUGGUAUAUUUCAGAGGCUUUUUGUGCAAUACUAGUGUGAAUGAAGAAUAAAACAAAUUUCUGAUUUGUGUUACAGGCACUUUGUGAAAUGCCAUCAUUGCAGUUGGUGUUGAAUUUAUGAAUUAUGUCUUACACUCUCCUCAAUACUCUCAGGUAUUAAUGUAAAAUAAAGUUUUACUGAAGGAGUCCAAAAGCUAUAUCAUAUAUAUGGAGAAUGAGGAAGCUUUUUUCAGAAGCCUUCACAAAGUAAUUGCAGUUGAUACAAUAUACUGCUGAUUUGUAUUUUUAUGUAUAAAAUAAAAAACCUGCAUUUAUCCAUUUAGGGCCAUACUGUAUUACUUUUAAAAAAUAUUUUCACAAAGUUGUUCAGAAAUACAAAGCAGAUGAUGUUUUUCUAGUCCAGGAUGUACCCAGAUAAGGUUUGAUCAGUGAGUAAUUUUGCAAAUAGCCAUGAUGAAAUUAAUGGAGCCUCAUGAGAACAGGUACAACUGCCCAUUACCAAAAGCUUUUGUAGGUUCAUGAGAGAAACUGUUUAUGUCAACAAGUAGUUAAAGCUGUAAACUAUUUGCUAAUGAAAGUAACAGAGAUAUGAAAGUCUUAAAACUCAAGGACUUUUUUGAUUGGGAGCCAAGAUGUGAAGAUCUAAGUGCAGAAGAAGGUGAAGGAACUUGCAAAGUACAACAACCUUCUGUUGUUACCUGGUUGUAGAAAGGUGCUCAGUCUGUACAAUGCCCUUUUCUAUUAGUGCCCACCCAAGAGACUGUAGAGCCUUUGGCAGCUGGGUAGUAGCUCUUGUCAGCUGUCAUAGCCAUGUAUGAAGAGCAUAUAUAGCAAAAUAGAUUUAAGGUAAUGAUGUAGGGGGGGACACUAACUUUUAUUAACUGCAUGGAUUUUUUGGUUAAAUUUAUUUAUAUUUUUUCCCAAAAGGGAUGGUGUCUUUAAAUUGUUCCUGUAAUACAGCUGCAGGCUGAUCCAGGAAGAUUAGUCACAGUGUCCAGGCAUCCAGUCUCAGCAGGAUGGAGGAUGGAGUGAGGUCACUUCCAAUAGGCUGGCAGCACUCAGGCAAUGGCCCAGCUGGCAGGUUCUUCCUUUUGGAACCUCUGGAUCAUGGGCUGAUUGUCUGGGGAGAUGUACAUGUAGCAAGUGCCAAUGAUUUCCAGGGAGCGUAACCCAGAGGUGCAUUUGCUGAGCUACUUCCUCAGUGCACCAUAAGCUGAGCUCUGCUUGUGACAGAGGAGCUCUGGAGUUAGUGUCUAGCUUCUUUCCUUCCCUUUCCUAUUCCAGCUCAUUCCAUCCCUAUUCCAGGCAGGCUGGCUAACAAAUAGAUGCAGGUUUAGCUGGGACUGGUGGAGCUAGAGCAACAGCAGCUCGUUCCCUUCCUUCACUCCUGGAGAGUGAUGCCUUGACUUGAAAGCCCUGCACAGUCAGGGACAGAGAUCCCUGUGCUGUGCUGCUUCUUGGCCAGGUGAAAUUGGUGGUACAGAGAUGGCCCCAGACUCCCAUCACAUCACCUGAGGGUGCUGGGUGUGCACAUGAACAGGAAGCAGCUUGGUUAAUUGAAUUGUUGUGUCAUUUCACUCACCUGUGUUACUUUUUUUCUGUAAGUUUCCAUGAAGAUUUCCACCUUUAUUUUCAGGUUUGGUCAUAGGAAAUAAGUGAAGGUGCAUCAUUCAGUACAAAAUAGACAGCUGUAUAUUGCUACAACUACUGGUGCUGUUUGUCCAGCUUGACAAUUGCAGUCCCUGCUGCAGUGUGACUUGGCAGCUGUGUCAUGGUCACCCCUGCCGUGGGGGACACUGCACAGUCCCUGCUUGUGGCUGGGCCAUUGUUGCUGUGUGCUAGGAUGCCUUUUGUCAGAGCUAGCCAGUAGCCUGGGGACAGCCAGCAGAGCUGGGAUGUAUGGAAUGUACUGGAAUGUGCUCUGGAGCCUGACUGCUCCCUGUGCUCUGGGUGACCAGUGACAGCCCUGACCCCCACAAGGAACUGGCUGCUUGGCCUCUGUGUGCCAGCUCAGGGCUUGGCCAGGUGAGGGGAGGGAAUAGCUCAAAUAAUAAAAAUACCAGCUUUUUCCACCAUGGGGGACAACUGAUGGUAAUUAAACCGGUGGCAUUUUCCAGGACAUGGAAGUGGCUGCUGCCAUGUGAUACAGAAUAAUCACUUUCUGUUUCCAUCCAUUUCUAAAACAAGCCACUUGUUCAUCACUCUAAUGGCUAAAUAAUAAUGUAAUUUUAGAAGAGUUUGCUACCCUAGUGACUAAGAAAUUGCUGUGUGUUGAUUUUAUCAGAAGUUUCUCAUCCAAUUGUACCAUACAAGGUUCUUGAUUGUGAUUGCUGUUGUUAUCUGGACUAAAACAGAAGGAAAUACUCUGAUUUGUUUCCAGAAAAAGAGGCAUUUUGUCUUUUUUGCUAUAGCUUUGUCACUUUACCAAGACGGCAGCACAUGUUUGUGUUGACAGAUUGGCUUUUAUACAAUGUAUUGUAUGCAGAGAUACUGUAAGACAAAUGGGGUGUUAAAUAAAAUAUUGUUUCCCUUAAGUAAAAAA